UUAACAGCAUGUUAGUUGCGUCUCCUUGAACUUACUCUGCACCUGCACGCACCUUCCUCUUCCUCCUCCGAGUCCAUAACGGAAACGGAGCGUUUCAAUCCAAGGCACCGUACCAUUAUAUGUGUUGUUUCCACCCUGCCAAUAACCACAACCAGAACCAGAACAAGAGCUAGCAUUGCUUCCUCGAGUUCUACGAAAUUCCAAUAACAACACCCAUAAUUCCCGUUCCUCUUCCCUUUCCCCCAUUUUCUUCCCAAUUCACCACUUCCUUCUACGUAGCUAGGGUUUCCACCAAUGCCGCCGGAUUCCUCCGAGCAGGACCUCGACGAUCCUGACAUGGAAUUCGUCGAGGUUGAUCCCUCUGGUCGUUAUGGUCGGUACAAGGAAGUUUUAGGGAAAGGGGCUUUCAAGAAAGUAUAUCGUGCGUUUGAUGAAUUGGAAGGUAUUGAAGUGGCUUGGAAUCAGAUUAAGCUGGCGGAUGUGUUGCGUAACUCUGAAGAUUUCGAGCGACUUUAUUCGGAGGUUCAUUUACUCAAGACUCUGAAGCAUAAGAAUAUAAUUAAGUUUUAUAACUCAUGGAUUGACUCCAAGAGCGAGAACAUCAACUUCAUCACUGAAAUUUUCACCUCAGGAACGUUGCGCCAAUACCGGAAGAAACAUAAGCAUGUUGAUUUGAGAGCUGUGAAGAAAUGGUCUAAGCAGAUUCUGGAAGGCCUUUACUAUCUUCACAGUAAUAAUCCUCCGAUCAUUCAUCGUGACCUGAAGUGUGAUAACAUUUUCGUCAAUGGGAAUCAAGGGGAGGUAAAAAUUGGUGAUUUAGGAUUGGCGGCUAUCCUCCAGCAGGCCAAUUCAGCUCACAGUGUCAUAGGUAACAUUUCUUUUGAAAUCGUUAUACUACUUUUUUUUUUUUUUUUCUUUUGUGGACUGUUGCGGGAAUCUUGUGUAAUUCUCAUUGUGAGCCUAGGAACUCCGGAGUUCAUGGCCCCAGAACUUUACGAAGAGGAAUACAACGAGCUUGUAGACAUCUAUGCUUUUGGUAUGUGCUUGUUAGAGUUGGUAACAGUUGAGUACCCGUAUGUUGAAUGUGCCAAUGCCGCUCAAAUAUACAAGAAAGUGACAUCUGGAAUAAAGCCAGCAUCAUUGGCAAAAGUGACAGAUCCUGAUGUUAAAGCAUUUAUUGAAAAGUGUAUUGCUAAUGUCUCUGAACGGUUGUCUGCGAAGGACCUCUUGUUGGAUCCCUUCCUUCAGUCAGAUUAUGAUAAUGAAAGUGUAGCCCGAUCUUCAAAAGCUCAAACCCAUCAUUUAGCAAAUAUUUCUCAUAAUCAAGCUAUUGUUGUGGAUACUUCUACUGACGCAAGUAGGGAAUUCACGGUGGAAGGUCAGAGGAGAGAUAAUAAUACAAUAUUUUUAAAAUUGAGAAUUGCAGAUUCCUCAGGUCAUAUUCGCAAUAUCCACUUUCCUUUUGAUAUCGAAGCAGACACUUCAACCUCUGUUGCCAGUGAAAUGGUUGAGGAGUUGGAACUAACUGAUCAAGAUGUUACAACUAUUGCUAGGAUGAUUGACUCUGAAAUUCGGUUUCACAUUCCUAGUUGGAACGUCAGUGAAAUUCCUGUUGACUGUUAUAGUCAAGAUUCAGACUAUACCUCUGAAAGUAGGCCAGAGGCCUCUCCUAUGAAACACGAUUCCGUUAGUUCCCCUGGCAGUCUUGCAUUAGAAAUAUUACCUUCAGGUCGAAAGUUCUGGUCAGACUCACCAAGGGGAGUUGGUGGAAACUCUCCAUUUCGUGCUGGUACUUCAAAAUUUUUUUCUCCUGCAGAUGCAAACGCUGACGAAGGCAGCCUGGCCGCGAAUGGUGAUAUUUCAGCUGAUGAUCGUGUUGGUGAUUUUUGUGAAGAGAUUGUUGAUUCCCCUUCCAGUGAGAAAAGUAUCAAAUCAGGAGCAACCAGUGAAAAAUCUGCUGUGAACGAAAUAUCUGGAAGCGUGAAAGAUUCGGAAGCAGAAUACAUCAAUCUCAUAGCAACAAAACUGGAGAGCUUGUUGGUUAAACAAAGAGAGGAGUUAGAUGAACUAAAGAGGAAGCACGAAUUAGCUGUUUCAGAUCUUUUGAAGGAACUUUCUCCAGAAAUUAGCCAGAAGGUUCUAAAUAUAUGCAACCUACAGAUGCAUGGCGGUGAAGUGCAGGGAGAAGCUCGCCCUUCAUUCAUCUAAAUGCCUCGUUUGUAAAGUUUAUGGCAGUCCCGGGUUCCUAAUAUAGAAAAAGCCAAAGCUCAAUUCAGGAGUGAAAUUAAGUAGAUAUCUUGUUUGUUGCUUAGAACUUGGUCACUGUUAAUAUUUUGGUUUUCAUAAUUGAUGCUUAAGAGAGGAUAAUUUUUUAAUGGGUUUAAGUGUCCUUGGUAUCUAAUGUGAAGAGGAAAUGCAGCUGGAGUUGGUUGAUAACUAGGGGUGACCUUUGCAGGAGAGAUUUCCUUGGGGAAUGGCUCAACGUGGUCUCCAACUUGGAGGACUCUAUGCUAUUGCUGCAUUUACCCAACAAACAUGGGGUUGAAGUAAGAAAUUAGUUUUUAUAGGUCAUGAAACAUGAUUAUAUCAAUUUAAUAUUUCGUCUGUAAAUAGUCUGAUACAAUUGAAUAAAUCAUAGAAAAUGUAUACUUGUACAUAUAUAUAUCUGCCUGUCGUUUCAAUUUUA